CCUCGACCCCCACUCUCCUUUUCGUAAUUCAAGAAAGUUUAGGUUCAAAGUCUGGGUUCAAAUUUCGUAGAACCGAUUUUAGGAGUUGAUUUUAAUUAAAUUAAUUGUUUUAUAAAGUUAUCUAUUAAAAUGUCCAAUAGUAAAAUGUUUAAUGCUCUAAAAAUCCUAAAGCACCGUAAUGUUAACUUUUUCAACCGGAUGCAUGGUCGGUCAUUUGCGGCUGCGGCAGCUAACAAUGUUCACACCAAGUGCAAGUUAGUCAAUGGUGUCUAUGUAAUAACUUUAGACUCGCCAAAUGUUAAGGUUAAUUCAUUAAACACCGCUGUCAUGGAUGAAGUUAAGGGAAUUAUCAAUGAAAUUGAAACAAACCCUUCAAUUGAAGCAGCUGUAUUAAUUUCUGGGAAGCCUGGAUGUUUUAUUGCUGGUGCUGAUAUUGGUAUGAUAGAAAGUUGUAAAACUAAGGAAGAUGUUGUCGCAUUAGCCAAGAAUGGUCAUGCCAUUUUCAAACAAAUGGAGUCAUCAAAAAAACCAUACAUUGCGGCUAUACAAGGCAGCUGUCUUGGGGGUGGAUUGGAGACAGCGCUGGCAUGUCAUUACCGUAUUGCAGUCAAAGACAGCAAAACAGGCUUUGCCCUGCCUGAAGUUAUGUUGGGACUGCUACCUGGUGGUGGUGGUACUCAGAGGCUGCCAAAAUUAACUUCAGUACCCACAACUUUGGACCUAGCGUUAACAGGAAAAACAGUGAAAGCUGACAAAGCUAAGAAGUUGGGAAUUGUGGACUUAUUGGUCUCUCCACUUGGACCUGGCCUUGUUACACCCCAAGAAAAUACAAUGAAAUAUUUAGAACAAGUGGCCAUUCAGGUAGCAAAGGACAUUGCGUCUGGAAAAAUAAAAACUGAGAGGAAAAAAGGUAUGAUGGAUAAAAUAAUGGCUACGGCAAUGCAAUGGGAGUUUGUUAAGAAUAUGAUUUUCAACAAGGCAAAGGAGCAGGUUAUGAAAGCAUCUAAUGGACUUUACCCGGCUCCAUUAAAGAUUUUAGAAGUAGUAAGAACUGGAGUGGACAAAGGACCAGUAGCAGGAUACGAAGCUGAAGCACAAGGAUUUGGUGAAUUGGCCAUGACUCCCCAAAGCAAAGGCUUAAUUGGCCUCUUCAGAGGACAGACUGAGUGCAAGAAGAAUAGAUUUGGCAAGCCUAAGACUAGUGUUAAAACAAUUGGAGUUCUCGGAGCCGGUUUGAUGGGCGCUGGCAUCGUGCAAGUGUCCAUAGACAAGGGCUACAACGUAGUUUUGAAAGACGCGACUACUGCAGGCCUAUACAGAGGAAUGGGACAAAUUCAGAACGGCCUUGCCAAUGCUGUUAAGCGUAAACGAAUCUCCGCUUUACAAAAAGACAAGCACUUGUCAAAUCUUUUACCAACAUUGGAUUAUGCGAAGUUCAAGACAGCGGACUGUGUGAUCGAAGCCGUGUUCGAAGAUAUUAAUAUCAAGCACAAAGUCAUUAAGGAGAUUGAAGCGGUGGCUCCCAGUCACUGUAUAAUCGCUACUAACACAAGUGCAAUCCCGAUCACCAAGAUAGCCGCUGGUAGCAGUCGCCCGGAUAAAGUUAUUGGUAUGCAUUACUUCUCCCCGGUGGACCGUAUGCAAUUACUCGAAAUUAUCCGUCAUCCGGGCACAAGUGAUGAUACAGCGGCUGCCGCAGUAGACAUCGGUCUGAAACAAGGCAAAGUGGUCAUUACUGUGGGAGAUGGACCAGGAUUCUAUACUACUCGGAUAUUGUCUACUAUGUUGAGUGAGGCCAUGAGGUUAUUGCAAGAGGGUCUAGACCCAAAGGACCUAGACAAGAGGACUAAGGAGUUUGGCUUCCCCGUGGGUGCUGCUACACUCGCUGACGAAGUCGGAAUCGAUGUAGGCGCGCAUAUCGCUGCAGACUUGGCUAAGGCCUUCGGUGAAAGAAUCGGCGGAGGAGACUUAAACAUUAUGCAGGACUUAGUCAAAUCUGGAUUUAUGGGCAGGAAGUCCGGCAAAGGCUUCUACGUAUACGAGAAAGGUACCAAGAACAAGGAUGUAAAUAUGGAUGCAAUUCAAAUGCUUAAAGACAAAUACUCUUUGGAACCGCGAGGGGCUUCCACACCGGAAGACCAUCAGUUAAGAAUGGUUUCUAGAUUCGUCAACGAAGCGGUGCUCUCUCUAGAAGAGACAAUCCUACACAGUCCAUUAGAAGGUGAUAUUGGUGCUGUUUUCGGUCUUGGCUUCCCGCCUUUCACUGGCGGACCUUUCAGAUGGGUUGACCAAUUUGGAGCGGAUAAAUUAGUGAAAAAGAUGGAAGAAUACCAAGGCUUAUAUGGAGCUCCUUUUAAACCAGCGCAGACCCUAGUUGAUAUGGCCAAAGACAGUAGUAAGAAGUUCUACAAAAAAUAAUAGUCCCAUAUACCUUCCAGUGAAAUGCAAGUUGAAAUUAUAAAUAUUGCAAUAUCCAUACUGAAAGAGAUUUAUAAAACAUUUUCUAAGAUUUUGGAUGAUUGUUAAGGUUGUCGUUUUAUAUAUUGUGUAUUUUUGAAAGAUUUUUAAGUAUGCUUAAGAAAAAGUUAAUUUAUGAUCAAGAAAAUAAACUCUAUUUAUUAAAA